AUAUUUCAAGAUUGACAGGCAUUCUACUAGACUCUCUCCUACCCUCAUUAAGGAAAUACUGAUGUGACACUUCCAACUUUUCAAUUCUUUGUGGUAAGUGCGGGUCUCAGACCUUGAAACCUUAGAAAGAAUACUGGCAAUUCCACAGAGCAGCCUGUACAACAUAGUUUGCUAGCUUUCCUGCAAAACAGUUUUGGUUUCAUUUCCUGGGAGGUGUAUCGUGGCAUGACAUCGUGACACGGAAGGUAGUCACGUGAGAGCAGGACCAUGCAACCUUCUGGCACUCACUCCAACUUGCUUGGUUGUAUGUAAUGCUGCUGUAUUAGACCAUGCAAGUGCCGGAACAUUGCGAUGUCUUACUCUCAUGUACACAAUUACCUCCUGAGAAAUGAAAUUGACACUGGCUGUAGAAAAGCUGAUAUAGUAUAUUAUUUAGGGGCAAUCUGAGGCUUGCCAGCAUUCUUUGCUAGAUUUAAUGUAAGAAAUGAGAAGUCAGAAGGGAUAGCGAGUACUCCUUUAAGGUCUUUCUCUCUCGCUCAUUGGUUGCCGAGCUCGGGCUUCUUAAUAACUGGCAUCCACUCCCUGCGUUUAAUGCAGUUGCGUUCGGUGCCAGGGUUGGAGCUGUUGAAGAAACUGAGGAGGAUGUGGCUCAACCAUAACCUUCUCAACGCCCUGCCGCCGCACGCCUUUGCUAACAACACGGUGCUGGAGGACUUCUACCUGUCUGGAAAUUCGUGGCACUGUGACGACGACUUUGCUAAGCGCCGAAACAUGUGGCUGCAAUCGCUUACCGCACGAGUGGCCAAUCACGGACCGGGCAUCGAGCUCCACGACGUCAGCACCACCGAGUGUGCCUCACCACCGCAAUGGAAGGGCCGCAACCCGUUCCUCUUUGGCUUUGCGCUCUGUGAACGGUGCGCGUGCAACACGUCUGAGUCGCUCACUGUGGACGUGAACUGCACGGGGCGAGGCCUGGAGGAGUUGCCCCUGAAUCUGCCCUUGCGAGCACGUGUGCUGCGGCUGGCCAACAACCGCAUCAAGUCACUCAUGCUGACCUCGAAAGGGGAAGGCUGGGACAGCCUGCUGAUGCUUGAUGUCCAUGGCAACGAGAUUUCGUCCAUCGAUCAAGUAGUGGGCACGCGCUCUCUGCGGUCACUGAUGGCGCUUCACCUGACCAACAACCGGCUGAGCCGGCUGGCCUCGCACGUGCUUCAACACCUGAGUGGCCACAAGAUGGAUGACCUGCGCCUGAGCGGCAACCCCUGGCUCUGUACCUGCGAAACCGUCAGCUUCGUCACCUGGCUGCAGGACAAUAAGAAGGUGAAGGAUGUGGAGGAGAUCCGCUGCUCGGAUGGCAGUCCGGGGGCCUUGACAGGCAGGACCAUCUACUCACUGCCCAAAUCAGACUUGUGCCCCCAGCCCACGGACUGGACGCAGGGCCUGUUGGAUGCACUCAGCGUCCUCAUGGCCAUUGCCAUCGUCGCCAUCCUUGCCAAGCUGGGACGGGACUACUGGCGCCAGAAGCGCACGGGCAAGCUGCCCACCUUCUUCAGCUUUGUGUGAGCUAGGCCUAAAAACUGCAUUGAAUUGCCACCGAAUAAGAUGCAACGAGGAACUUGGAUAAUCCUGACGGAAGACUGAGUGCAUUGCUUUCGGUAUGAAGGACCACUGAAGCGGGGAAAGCCUGCCUGUGUUUUCAUGCCAUGUUGCCUUUCUGGCAUGAAUUUUCACGGCACCUAGCUUAGGUCUUGACAACGUGACGCAGUGUAAGUCUUCGUGCCAUGUAAGAUCUUCACAGAAUGAGAGAUGUGGAGCCAGACAGUGUUGGCAACAGUCAUGCUUUGGAACAGUUGAAGUUCGGUUCAUUCGUAAUCACAAUCUUUGUGCAGUGAUUCACUUCCUAAGUGCAUCGGGUGUCAGAAAGUGUCUGGUCUUCUUGAUGUGAACUGUGCCCGGAAGUUUUAUAGAUUGAAUGCCACCUUGUAAGCUACACUGGGAGGAAGAACAGGCACUCCACCUAUUAUAAGCUUUGAGCCAGGAAGCACUCCUAAGGACAAUGCUGGGCAAAUGUCACAGUGCCAAACACACUGGCAGCGUUGGCUGUAUUACACUUAAGAACACCCACAACAUCAGUGCAUGAUUUCAACGUAUGUGCAACAAAUGGAUUGGACUUGUGUUGUUGAGGGAUGUGGCUUCUGCCAUCUGUUGCGAUUGCAUUGUGGGGACACAAUUCUGCUGCUGUUCCACUUCUGGAUGGCGUUUGAUAGUGUUACUGCAGAGCAGUGACUGAUUUGCCAUGUGUAGGGAUGUCACAUUGUCUUCUGCAUUAUUUUUGCUUGCAAGUGAUAAUGGAACAUUGAAAAUUCCUCUAGAAUUCAAUUUUCCAGUGAACUUGUCAAGUUGUGCUUGUCUUUCUCCAUCACCAGAUGGCCGAGCAUUUUUGUGCACAUGAUUUUAUGCUAUCGUCUCAGCGGUCAGAACAUUCUUUUGAAAGCUUUGUCAAGAGAUAUGGGUACCUAAGAAGAUUUGUUUUUAUGUGCAUGAAGAUGUGUGGUUUAUUUUGCAGUGGACUUGACAGCGGUGUGGCCAGCAUCAAACAUUCACUGAGAUAACAUACCUAAGAACCACUACCUGCAUGAUAGCUGCAGUGCUAUUCACACCUGCAUUUGAUUUUUCAAGGCAGAUUCUUUACCACUAUUCACAUGGUGCAGUGCAUGUACAACUGUUUGAGCUCAUGGCAUUGCCAUGAGCUCAAAUUGUGAUAGGUCAUUGCGACACCACACUUAUGACCAUCAUCACGUCUUCAUGAUGGUGAUAAGGUGUAUGCUAAAGCUUAAAGGAAAGAAUGUGCAUCAAACAGUUUGCGCCUGGGAUUUCUCUUUCUGAUAAAUGAUGCUCCAGUCAACACUUGACCACCAUGAUGCUAAAACCACCUAGUGUUAAAGAGUUACAGUGCCUCACAAGAUAGCUGCUGCAGGGACAUAGUCAUUGAAACCACAAUCAAGCACAAGUUGAAAGUAAUUCAUCAAAGUCAAACCUGCAAACUGCAUGGAUCAAAGAACAAGAUUUGAUAGAAAAGAAAGCAAGACCUGUUUUUUUUUUUUUUGAGCAGAUUGUUGAUGCAAUGCUUUCUUCUACGGCUACUCUACGGAGCACAGCAACUUGUAGUUUCGAUAAUAAUGAGUCAGCUAUUGAUAGUAUGGCAUUUCACAGGCUGGUUGCAUAACAUCAAAUCAGUGCACACCUGUGGUUAAGGCAAUGGACCAAGGGUUAGAAAGCAUCACAUGACAAUCAGCUUUGCAGCUAAUUGUGAGCGAAGAGAGAAGAUAGGAUAUGCUAAUGUAUGUGCAUUGCUGAAUGGCAAUGGGUACUGUGGCUGGGUGAGUUAAUCAAGGGAGAUAUCUCUGGGUGCUAGUGUAGUUAAAUGUGACCACGUGCCACCCAGAGUUUAGUGCACUGAAGGAAGGCCUCUGGCCGGUCAAGUUGUCACAGUUUUAUCAAGGUGUCAUCAGUCUUUUCACGCUUGUUCACUUCACAGCCAAGUCAUACAUAGUCGUUCCAUAAUACCGGUGCAGUAGUAGGGUUACGUUGCUGUUGAAGUAAUCUAAUGUCAUUGGUGUGUAUUUGUACGUUAAGAAUUUCACACUUUCUUCGGCGUGCUUGCUUACCUGCGUGUGUCCCACAUAUCUUAUGAUGUUGUGUUGGAUCCCAAAACUAGCAUGAAUUUUUUCUCGGCUGCGAAGCUUUCUUUCUGAGCAACCCAUAUACAGAUUGACUUGUAGCUUGAUGCUACUAUUUUGUAUAUGCCAAUUUCUUCUUUUACAAAAGCUUUGUUGUUUUCUUUUUGGAAGUUCCCGCCCCCAAUAUUUAUUUCAUCCAUGAAGUUGGUAGAGAAAGUUUGUUUUGAAAAAGCAACGUCCGAUUUUUCAGGCUCCCUAGGGCCUGCGAAAACGUCCGAAAAAUCGGGCAGAACGAAAAAAUGAAUGCAUGCCUUUUACUGCCCCCAAGAGCUCAAAGCGCCACAGGUACGUCUGAAGUAGCUCUGAAGGCCUGCCAGUACACUUAUUAGACGCAUUGGUGCUCGUACUGUGAUAGGAGAUGGCAGAUGCACGCGUGUAUAAUUAAGGAAUGCAUACCGUGUCCCGUGACAAUUGCCCCUUCCCACUCUUGGUUGCUUCACCGCAAUACUUUGCGUAUGCUUCACUGCGUAAUGCUGCUGUAUUGAGCUGACUUUCCGGAACCGGCAUUAUGCAACGCUCCGUGCUUUCCGAGCUUCCAAGACAUUGGCGAGGAUUGAAAAGGCGGAGUCAGCGCCAUUGCUAACAGCGGCGAAUUGUUUCAGUGAGAAACAAGGCACCAAACAGAAGCUUGGUAGCCAAUGUCGAAGUAUCUAGGCCUAGUGUUGCCAUGGUGAUGGCUACGGCUGCCAGCAGAUCUGCGUGAGAGAGCGCCGGUUUGAGGAGGCGAGAUAAGAAUUGUGGUGGUGGCUAUGAUUAAUACCGUUUCAGACCUGCGGUCAUGGCAAAAAGUCUUGCGCCGAAAUUUCAGACCUUGUACGUUGACUCUAUGGUGUACGUGGCGGUGCCGCGAAGGAGUCCGAAUUAUCGGGCAUGUCCGAAAAAUCGGUCAUUGACUAAUUUUUUCCUUGUUUUUUCUGCAAGAGAGAUUAGAUGCUCAAUGUUGCCCAUAAGGUUGGCAUGGACAGGAGGUCCUUACUUAAACCACAUCUACACAGGCAUUCAUCAAAGCAUAACAACACUUGGAAAGCAUACAUUGUUUAUCUUUCGAACAUAUAAAAGCUUUUGUUUUAAUUGAGAAAGAUUGUGCUUAAGAGUAGCGAGGGUGUGUUAAAUGUCAGCAGAUAAUCUGCAUGCUUGUCUCCCAUUGGCCAUGUAAUGCUGUCACUCUAGCAGAGGUAUCAAGCUGCUCAGUUUUACGCUGGGCUCAAUGUGUGCACGCCAACUAUGAUAUAUUAAGCGCACAUUUGUUGUAUGGAAGUGUCUGCUGUUCUCAUGAAAAUUAACUUAUUAAUCUUGUCCUGACACCCAUUUUUCUACACAGUGCAGACCCCCAUAAUUACGGGAGCAUUGUAAGGUUAAUCUACCAUCUGAUAAUGUUCUUAUUUUUCUUUCAAAUACAAAGGACAGAGGUGCUGAAAAUCAUAGUGAUCCUUUGUGGCAAUGUUAUUGAACAAUUCACAUUUAAUUCUUGACUUGAGGUUCAUUCCAUUGGCUGGUUGUUUUUGUAGAAUUCAUUCCAUUGUUGAGCACAGCCUGCACCUUGCAGUGGCAAUGCAUUAUGUUGAAUUGAUACCACAAGCUGCAAUUUUUGUUUUCUCUAACUAGAAUAAUAAUUAAAACAAAGCCUUUGUCACUUAGCAUUAGCAUUCAGCAAUCCCAUGCGACCAUACACAGUUGCGCAGGUCUUUAAAUAGGAUCUAAUGUGCUGGUGUAUGGGAUAAUUGGACAUAGACAUUAUCAGCAAUGUGAGUUUUAGAGCACAGCUCUUACGCACUGCCUGUUCCUGUGCCGAGUGUAGGCAUUUUCCUUUGACGUAACCGAGCAAAUGAGCACGGCGAAAGAUGAAAGCAAAUGCGGAACACAGCGUGAGAAGAAAAGCGGAGCGCUGGUCUAUGGCGGCGCCGGCCGAGCGAGAUAAAGAAAAAAGGAACCAGAAAGCUCGCCUUCUUCCACGGCAGCGGCAGCACCUGGCCGAGUGGGGGAAAGAAAUGGAAGAACCGGAAAGCUCGCCUUCUCGCAUAGCGUUCACCACAAGCGUUUCCCGGUAAAGAUUAUGGUUGCAUAAGCUGCAGUUGCCGCUCUACAUGUGCAGCGCCACGCGUCGCGGAUCUGCCAGUCGGUGUGGUGAUCAGUGCAAUGCCUCAGUAUAUCGCGAAACGAAGACACGUAUAGAGCUGCACUAAAAUUUCGCAUUAGGGAGUAUAGUAAUCUUCGGUGAAUUCUUCGUUUUCUUAACUUUUUUAUAGCUUCUGCGUUUAAAGAAUGCACAAGCAGUCUGGUGGCUAGUGGUGCAGUUUUAAUAUGAAAUAUGCUAAACUGCAAUGUAUACCAUGAUAGAAUGUGUAAGCAUGACUGAACGAGGACGUAGAAAGAAACAGACACACAGAGACAGCGUUACUUUCAACUAAAGAUUUCAACUAAAUCGUGUAUUCUAACCAACUAGCCCGCCAACGUGUUUUAACCAUGCAAUGUAUCAGCAUGUUGAAGGAAGCCACAUAUUUUUUCUGGAUGUUUGAAAAGAGCAGUCUGGCCUCACUUAUACGUCAUAAUUUAUCAUAAUGUUGGGAAAUUCGUAACAUUAUGUGUCAUUAAGUCCAGGGUUGCCCAUACGUAAUUUGUUUGCUUGUCUGCACAGUGUUCGCAUUUGGCCCAGAGCAGUUAUUUGCUAUUAAUCUUGUUUUUAUUUGCUUUCUUAUGUGUUCAUUUCAUGCUCAACAUUUGAAGCAAUGUUUUGUGUGUUUAUCUUGCUUUCAUCGUUGUACAGUCGAACUUCCGAAGUCUCGUUCAAUGCAUUACAUACUGAUUUCGGCAAGAAACGUUUAGAUUUGUUAUAUUCGAGUGCAUUGAAUAUCAAGGUUUGACUGUACUUAUACUUGGCGCUGUGGGAUCUGAGGUUGAGAGACACUUGCUGCAAAGCAAAUGUGGCAGAGCGUGUCUUUGAUAGGUUUGCAUUAUCAGUGGUCACUUGUAUGAUACUUCCUGGUGCACAUUUUUGACCACUGUCUUUGUUUAAUGUGUGUGUGCAAGCAGUACAAAAUUCUAGCUAGUCGGGAACAUUUCAUGUUUAUUACUGUGGCACUUGAAAUGAGCUUGUGCUGCCUUGAAAGAAUGUAGUUUUUUUAGAAUUGUUAUGCAUUGUUGGGCAUGGCGAUGCUGAAUGUUGAAGAGAACAUGUGGCAGCUGCUGUAGUAGGAGUUUCCAAGUAAACUGGCAUUGCAGUUUUCAAUAAACACCAUUUGUAACAGUGUGUUAUCUUAGAAAAUUUGAGAUUGUUGUGGCUGGGAAAUUGUCUUGUCCGAACUGCUGUUGUUUUUUCAUUGAUUGUACGGCCGUGCAGAUUCUAAAUGUCUUUACGUCAGCUUCGUGUGGCAGCGAAAGAUGGCCAGUGAGAAGUCAUGCAUUUUUCAUGCUACCCUUGUUAUGUCUUCACUGGCAUUAGCUCAUUAGUAUGUCGUGAAGUGGAACUGUUAUUGUUGCUCAUUUUUAGUUAAUGUUAAUUUUAUGUCACUUUAUUUUUAUGCCUUGAUUCAAUUUACGGCUGGUUGAGGCAAAUGAAGAUGUGAUUUACUUAUAUGAGCACCUGAUUUUUGCAAUGUUCAUAAACGGCUCUAAGAUUUGCAAAAACAUUAGUUUUGUGAACAGUUUGCGCAUGUGCCACAGUACGCAACCUGUCCUUCCAUUCCACGCAUGGAUAAAAUGUUGUUCAGGUACAAAUGCUCAAUGAGACUAAAAAAUAAUUUUUCAUUUGCAGAAAUCUGCUCAAUUUGCUUUUCUUGUAUUGUCUUUCUCCUUUUUCAGCUUGUUUUUAGUACUUUGUUGUUCACACAGGCAUUUUAUAAUGGGAUUCAUUCAUGAACAAUAUUAAAACUUAUUAGUGACUGUCAAAGCUGUCUGACAGCUGGGGCGGUAUUCUGUAAGAGUCUACCUAGUGGACUGUCCAUUUCAGCUGUCGCUGAUUGGCUGCUGCUUGACGUGCAGGAAGGAGACUGGCUGGCACCUUCCUGCACAUCAAGCAGCAGCCAAUCGACAGCCGAAAUGGACAGUCCACUAGGUAGACUUACAGAAUACUGCCCCUACACUUUACACAAAGGUAAUAAAUUGAUGAUGCCGUGUGUAAAAUUUACAAAAAUGUUACAUUGCAGCCUAAGCCUAUGAUAGUGAUUUCAUUGUAUCGAAAUAAAAUGACUUGCAUGUCAACAAGUGACAGAUUAGUUUUCUGUGCAGCGCCAUAUACUGACAUUAUUUUUGUAACUGCUCAGCAACACAUUGUGUCUUCCCAGUAAUUUAAUUUUUGUUUAUCGUAAAGUGAGACAUUUAGCUUUUUCUUCUUUAUAAUAGGUGUGAAUGUGUUUUGCAGUUGCUCACAUCACUUGAACAAGUGAUGAUUUUUUUAGAGUAGCAAGUGUUAAAAAGAAGCUUUUAAUGUUUGUCUUUUUGCUGGAUGCAUUACGACUGUGAGAUUUACUUUUGGUCUACUUUGAACAGUUGAUUUCUAGUUGAAUUUUAGUAUUUUUUGUUGUUCUGUGAGAAAAUAAAGAAUGCUUUUUGU